AUGAAUGGCAGUAAUCCGUACUCGUCCGAAGAUGAACCGUUUGUAGAGUUUGCUGAAGAAGUGCUGGCUCUAGAGAAUCCACCUCUCGUUAUCUCAAUAAGCUACUCCGAUGACGAAGAGCACAUUUUUAACGUCUCGCCAGGUUACGCGCGCACUUUGGAUAUUCUUCUUAUCAAGAUGGGGUUGCGUGGAAUCACGGUGCUUAUCGCCAGUGGUGACGACGGGGUGACUGGACUACGCCCUGAGUUUAUGAAGAUACCUGUCGAGAACAUGUGCAGGCAAAGUGGUCCGGAAUGGCCGUCGUCGAGUCCAUACAUCACUACGGUUGGUGCCACAAUGCUUUUGACGGGAGUACGCGAAGCGGAAAAGCCGUUUUAUCGCACAAAGGAGGAAGUGGUUUGCAGUGUUGAGGACGGUGGAGUCAUUACAUCCGGUGGCGGGUUCUCCAACAUUUACUCAAUGCCGGAUUACCAGCGCACAGCGGUCGAGAGAUACUUGACAACUCGAGAUAUUCCGGCCGCUCCAGGGUUUUUUAAUGCUAGUGGACGUGCCUAUCCAGAUGUGUCAGCAUUAGGCAAACGAUUCCAGGUGUAUAAAAAUGGUCACCUCACUUCGGUAUCCGGAACUUCAGCGUCAACACCUGUAAUUGGCGCGAUGGUGACACUAUGGAACGAUGCACGGCUGAAUGCUGGUAAAAGCCCGCUAGGAUUUAUCAAUCCUCUCCUCUACUACCUUGCAGAGACCCAUGUCGAUACAUUUCACGACGUGGUUGUGGGAAAUAAUGGAGCUGCACGUGGAAAAACUGAUCCGUGCGAGAACGCGUUCAGCACUACUGGUGGGUGGGAUGCAGUUUCUGGAGUGGGCACGCCUAAUUUUUCCGUGAUUCUCGAGUUCAUUUCAAAUCUCGAAGACCACUUCAACGUCUCACAACCGCGCAGCUCAAGUAAUUCCGACGUGCCUGAUACGAGCAACAACUCAGUGAUUCCGACGACAAUGUUUGCCGGAAAGAGCGUGUUCAUGAUGGUGCUGCUAGUAGUAGUAGUGGUUGCAAACGUGGCCAUCAGCAUCGUAGUGGUCGUCACCCUGGUAAAGCGGUGGAGGCACCAGUAUACCCCUCUCGCUGAUGCUGCCAUGACUAGCAACAACCCCACCGUUUCCGCCUCAGGUAGUCCCUCCGCAGCAACUCGCCGCACGAAAGGGGACUUGGAUGCUGAUAGUAGUGAGGAUGAUGCCGAGCUGAGUGAGAUCAGUUUGAAUCCAUGA